AUGAACUACCGAUCGGCCAUGUCUACCAUCCCCAAAGCCAACCCUCUAAGGGUGGGGUUUGUUGGUUUGGCAGCCAAUAAAGGUUGGGCCAUAAAAUCCCACUACCCAGCGAUGAUGCAGUUACCGUCGCAAUUCCAGAUCACUGCAGUAUUAAACUUGGACUUGGAAGUGUCGCAAACUACCAUUGAGAAGCUCAAACUCAAACACGCCAAGCCUUUCGCAGACAUUGUGAGUUUCGCCAAAUACGACCAGAUCGACUUGGUAGUAAUUUCGGUAAACGUACCGAACUUCUACAAGUUGGUGAUUGAUCUUUUCAAGUAUUCACAGGAAAAUGAGAAUUUCAAGUACCUGUUUGCGGAAUGGAGUUUGGGCCGGAACUUAGAGGAGGCCCAAGAAAUACAAGAGCUGGCUUCCCAGCGCGGCAUCCACACUGUGGUAUCUUUACAGGGCCGCAAGUCUCCCUACGUGCUAAGAGCCAAAGAACUGGUUUCGGGAGGCUAUAUCGGCGAAAUUAACAGCGUGGAGAUCGCCGUUAUUGGUGGAUUUUAUGGAUACGAACGCCCUGUGAAAUCCCCGGACUACUUGUACGAACUGGAGAGUGGAGUUAACCUUAUUUCUGUGGCAUUUGGUCAUACAAUCGACAUACUCCAGUAUAUCACAAGCUCGUAUUUCUCUCAGGUCAACGCCAUGAUCUUCAACAAUAUUCCCACUCAGAAACUUGUGGAUGAAAACGGCAAACUCACGGGAGCUACCAAGCCCAAGACCGCACCCGAUCAUUUACUCUUUCAAGGGUCUCUGACACAGGGGAACGUACCAGUGUCAUGCAGUCUGAAAGGUGGAACGCCUGUUAAAAAGUUUACUAAAAACUUGAUCAUUGAUAUACACGGUACACGGGGGGAUUUGAAGUUGGAAGGCGACGCAGGGUUCGCAGAAAUGUCCAAUCUAGUCUUAUAUUUCUGUGGUGGCAAGCCUAACGAGGAUUCCUCGACUUCUGCGGAGACUAUGGAGAUCUAUCAUUUAAGAAAUUACAACUCCAUUGUGGGAAAUAUUCUUCGUCUUUACGAGGCCAUUGCCGACUUUCACUUCAAGACUAACCCGCACAGCAAACUUCCCAAGGAUUUCGCCAGGCAAGGCUUCCGCUUCGAUGGCUUUCCCACCUUCUCAGAUGCCCUGGAAGUGCACAAGUUGAUUGAUCUAGUCACCAAAAGCCACAAAAGCGGUUCUUCGCUCAAGGUGCCUGGCCUUUCGCACCUCUCGGCGACCUUGGACACCGAAGCCCCUCAAAGCGAUGGAUAG